CCUUUACCAGAAAGGUUGAUGAAAAAGCAGUAGCAUACUUGGUUCCAGCCAUCAACAGGCUUCCUGCUCAUUGGCAGAUCUCCUUUUCCCAACCUAUAACUGAUGUGCUCUGGAUCAGCUUUUAACUCAUAAUAGUAUAUUACUAUCAUCUAAAUCUGUUUUCUUCUACUACUGCCCUAUGGCUCUGGCUUCUCCCCACUGCAACAACCAACACUUACCCUCAAAUAUUAUAUAAUUCUAUUUUCUGGAGGCUGGCAGCUUGACUUGGCACUUUAGGGCCCCUUAGCAGGAUGCUGUUAAACAGCAUGCAUCUCUUCACCCCUCUUCUUCCAUUACUCACUAGGUUUGGAGAAGGAAGAAUACAUGGGGACCACCUUCUUCCCCUUCAAUGGAUCCCAGCACCUCAGUCCCCCCUCCCAAACCUCCAUAUGGCUCUUAAUGGUGCUCACUUGCUUGGAAGCAGGCUCCCAAGAGAAAGGGGACUGCCCUCUGUACAGUCUUUCUGGCUGUAGGACAGGGCUCUAUAUUAGUGAGAAAAGUCCCAGGCUAAUGGCAGAAAUUUGCACUUUGAACAUGUGUGUUUUUGUGUUGUGGAACCUGAGAUUUCUUAUUUAUUAAUGGAAAGUCUGAUUUUUUUUGGGGGGGGGAGGGUCUUUGUUGCUAUGUUUUGUGGGGCUGGGAGAGUAGAUUAUUCUGACAUGGGAUCCUUCCUACAAGAGGUACUUUGAAGGCAAGGCUUAGAGUUAAAGAAGCACAGCCAGCCUCUAAAAUCAUAGUUCUCCAGUGGCCUUUAAAGAAAGCUGGUCCUCAGCACUUAACAGAAUCACUACAGUAGCCUAGUGCUUUUUGGAAGCCUUAGGGGAAGGUUGAUAGGUUUGUGGUAACUAGUGUGCUCUUUGAGGUUUUCAGAGCAUUGAGAUACAAGAAAUUUUGAGGGGAUGAGGAAUGUUGGUCAAGGUCUGAAUCACACAUAAAAGAUUUUCUUCUGUGAAUUUAUCUUCUUUUUGUCCCCUGCAUUUCUUUGCAUAUAUAUCUCUCUGCUGGCCUAACUGACCCCUUGUUUUGAUUUUGGUUUUUGUUUUGUCAUUGGUCAUUCCAACUCUGCGUUAGUGGAAGACCAAACCCUGUCAUUCAUGAAGGAACAAAAUCUAAGAGUCCUUGAGUUUUUGUUAAGAGUAAACUGUUCUGUCUUAUUUCCUCUUCAGAAGAGACAAAGCUUCAGUAGACAAAAACAAAAGUGAAAAUCCGUAUGAUGAUGUUUUUGGCUUUCCCCUGAAUUAUCUGUUUUCCUCAGAGUAGGGAUUUUAAUGCAUUGUGGACUGUUUAUUACUGUCAAUGGGAGAUGCAGAUCGUGUUUUUACAUGCUUACCUCAGAAGACUAAAACCCUGAUUCACCUCUUUUUCUUUUUCUUUUUUUUUUCUUUUCUUUUUUUUUUUUUUUUUUUUUUUUUUUUUUUUUUUUUUUUUUUUUUUAGUAGUAGUAGUGUAUUAUUAGUAGUGUACUUCAGAAUCUGCCACUGAAGACCUGGCCAAUUGUUGUCAGGAAUACAUGAUGACUGUUGGGAAAAAUAAGAGUCUGACUGAGAACAAAACAGGGAAAGGCUUGUUUUUCACAAACACUAAAACUGUAGAGUUUAUCAAAUUUUCUCUGCUUAAUUAUUUUUCCCCAAAAGGAGAGUACAAAAUGUCAUCUCUGAAAGACGCUUACUGUACACCCACCUAUGUCAGUGGUUGGGAUUCCAGGGAGGAGGGAGAAAUACACCUACAGGAACAAUGUUAAACACAUUAUUGUUUCCGCUAGAGUGUUGCAGACUUCCAUCCCUCUCAUGCAAGGGCAGAGAAGGCAUUGAAGACAGGCUUUCCUGCCCCACAGACUUUGCAGUUGAUUUUGGUACAUUGGGUAAAUUUGAAAAUACUGUAAGAGUAAAUAUAAAUGGGUCUGCAACCAAGUUGCUCCUCUUGAUACUGUUUCUCUAGCUAAUAUCUGUCGUUUUUCAUAUUUAGGCUGUCUCCAUGAAUUUCACUUAGAGUGGUUACUCAUCAGCCACCCACAGGAAAGCAAACUAUAUUGUAAACAUCUCUUCUUUCUGGGAUGGGGAAAAAUACCUUUUCUGUACCUCAUUCCCCUCACCAUGAAAGCAACUAGUCCUAAUAAUUAGAAACUUCCUGUCCUGUCGUUGGGGUGCAGUGGAGUGUACAGGGGCUGGGCCUUCUUCGUAGCUACCAUUUGCUGACAAUAAAUUAUUAUAGCAGUUUGCAAGAAAUGUUAAGAUAUUUUUCAUGACCUUUAUAUUUUUUUCUUUUGAGAACAAAUACUAGCAUAGUGAAAGUCUAUAUGAGCAAACUAAGCCCCAUUCUCAUUUUCUUUUUUUCCUGUGACACUCAUUUAGUUAUCCUUCUAAGGAGUCCUUUUAAUCUUGAAAAACAAUAUUUUAUACCCAUCUUGUUAUCUUUUAAAUAACUAGUCAUACAUCCAUCUUCAAUUGGCAGUUCUAAAUUUUAUGGAUAAUAAUUGUGAUAAGUACUCAGAAUUUGGGGGGACUUAUGCGACCUCUUUGCUUGGGUUGCUAUCGUGUUUUGCUUAAUUAGAUAGACCUUAGUGCAUUUUACAGGGUUUAGUCAGACACUGGCUGGGAGUCCUGGGUAUGAGCAAAGAAAACAUAAGUGUAGAGCACUUGGACCUCCCUUGUACAUGUUUGGAGGAAGAGCAUAUACUAUACCACCAACCUAAGUGAAGUCUUACAGCCUUGCUGCAGGACCAGUUUCCCUCCUGUCUUUCUAUCAAUUUUCCAGUAUACUCAAGAAAACCGGAACAUCGUCAAGGGGCAAUCAUAUUUCCUAAAACCUUUUUUUGCCUGUUGAAAUGUGCAGGACCCUUUUCCUGUGAUGAGAGAUAGGUGGUUACUUGAUCUAGGUUUAAAAGUUAUGUAAAAAAAAAAAAAAUUAUAAUAAAAGGGAUACUUUGCUUUUAAAAUCUUGUUUCCUCUUAAUCUAGGUAAUCAUAUUCAAAAUAAAUAUGUAAAGAGAAAAAUAAAAGUCUUCCUGGAAGCAACUGGUCUUCCUUGGUUGUACUGAGUUAGUCAUCCGAGGGUAAAACAGUUGAUGCUACUAAAUGAGGAAAACAGAUGCCCCCGGGGUAGGCUUUUGUAUGCUGCUAUUUGCUCUUUGUUGAGAGUUGGGAAGCAGUUCCCAGGCUGAGAUGCCUUGUGUUUGGCAGACUCCAAGUCAUGUUUUAGUUGCUUACCAGGGGAUGUUAAGGAAAUGUGAAGUACAGUUUACUCUGAUAAUAACAAAACCUUGGUUGCAUUUUAACAUCAGUGCUUCUUAAUAAAGCUUUUAGUACCUAUAUCAAGUUCUAACUUUAAAAAAAAAAAAUCUUGGUAAAAGUUCUAUGGCAGCCAUUUCUCAUUUAUCGUUCAUUUAUGUCAAUUUGCUCCUGACAUGGCAAAUGUUUAAACUUCUUGGCAACAUCUGUGAUAAAAUGGGGGCAUUCAUUGACCCGUUUGGGGUUGAAACUUUGGCUUAUUUAUAUCACCCUGUGAGUGUAGUACAGUAGAAUGACAGAUCAGUAAGCACCUUUUGACUCUUUUGUCCUCAUUUCAAAGCUGUCUUUAUUCCCCUGUUUAAAAUGGAAUAUGAUUGGGAGAGGGAAGAAAAAGAAGCAUGUUGUCACUUGAGUAAAACUGCCUAAGAAAUGUUACCAAGUUGGGGUUGGGUGUUUUCCUUUGGGAGAGAACAGGCCUAAACACUGUCUUCCACAUCCUGUAACUACCGUGAUUGAGAUUCGAGAUGCUCCUUUAGCUAAAUUUUAGAUGAGUCUAAACCUUACAAAGGAUGGGAAUGGAAAGAUGCUACAAAGGACCUCUAUCACAUGGUCUUUGUUUCUUGCACAAAACAGGAGCUACCCAAAGAAAUUGUAAAGUCUGUGGGAGGUGGGGGUGGGGGGUAAACCCAAAGACCAGUGAAUAAACAUGAAUCUACUUUAUUGGGUUAAUUUAUUUGAUAAAAGUUUCUUAUGUCAAGUGAGGAAACUUAUUUAUACCCAAAUACUAAUAUUUAAUAUUACUUAAGAUUCAAAUGAAGUUUAAAUAUGUAGCACAGUAUCUGACUCAUUUAAUAAAUGGCACCUAUCUCAAUAGUUAGUACACUUUGCCAAGUUAUAAAAUUUUAAAUAUAACGAGCAUAGAAAGCAGAAUAAUAAAAUCAAAUUAUAUGUGUAAAUAACAGACUACAUUAGGCAGAGGUGGAUGUUAUGAGGAUUAGUGUGAUAGUGACCUUGUUGCUAAGUACAAAAGCAAAACAAUGACAUAAAAACAAGUGCUAAGUACUGAGGAGAGAUGGAGGCAGACGCUGUGGAAAAAAAAAAAAAAAGACUGAUUAAAAGGGCUCUUUGAUUCCACAGUCAAAAAAAUCCACAGCCAGGAAUUUGCUGCCACCUCUGAGUCAGGCAGGGGGUGGGGAUGGGGGUGCACAAUCCCAUUAGAGAAUGCCCAGUGGAUUUAGUCUGUGGGAGUCACAUUUCUUAUUUGGACCAGUGAAGACAGAAGCAAACCAGCUCACUUGUUGCCUGGGACAGUUAAUUUAGGGGAUGGCUUUCGCAGAGCAGUCACCUCUGACCCUUCACCGCCGGGACCUCUGUAGCCGCUCUAUCUGGCUAGCAAGGAAGAUUCGUUCAGACCUGACUGCCCUAAUGGAAUCUUAUGUGAAGCAUCAGGGCUUGAAUAAAAAUAUUAACCUGGACUCUGUGGAUGGUGUACCAGUGGCAAGCACUGAACGCUGGAGUGAGAUGACUGAGGCAGAGCGACUCAAAGAGAACCUCCAGGCUUACCGUAUCUUCCAUGGGAUGCUAACCAGGCUUUUAGAAGACCAGAGGAUGCAUUUCACCCCAACUGAAGGUGACUUCCAUCAGGCAAUACAUACUCUUCAGCUCCAAGUUUCUGCUUUUGCCUACCAGCUAGAGGAGUUAAUGGUGCUUCUGGAACAUAAGAUCCCUGAAAAUGAAGCUGAUGGGAUGCCUGUAGCUGCUGGAAAUGGUGGCCUCUUUGAGAAGAAGCUGUGGGGCUUGAAGGUCCUUCAAGAGCUUUCACAGUGGACCGUGAGGUCUAUCCAUGACCUCCGUGUCAUUUCUUCUCAUCAGAUGGGAAUCUCAACACAUGAGGGCCAUUAUGGGGCCAAAGACAAGCAAAUAUAGCAGUUAGUUCUUCCCUCUGUCUCCCUUUCUGUUCUCAUGGGAUAUUGGCAGUUCUCCGUUUUCUCAGCAUCAGUCUUUUAAAACUUCAGACCACAGGCAUUUUUAUCAAGUACGGUUGAGCCACAUAUGAACAGAUGGAUAUACAGGGUUUUUCUAGGUGUAUGCGUAUGUGUGCACAUGUUUUGGUUUGCAUUGGUGGUAUAACAGAGUAGAAACAAGGGCAUUAACCUUGCAUUUUGGGCUUUAGCCUUCCCUGGUACUAAAUAACCUUUCCAGGCUUAUAACAACCUUACAUACCCGCAGAAGAAAAAUUGUAACUAGUUCUAGUUGACUUCUGAAAAGACAGUAGACAAAUUGGAAGUCCUAGACUAUGGCCAUUCAAACUAUCCUAAUAAAAAUAUUAUUGCUGUG